AGGCUCAGCAAACAGGUUUGUUAUUUGGCGAGCGCCUGUCCAGUUGCGAUCCUAGUUCUCGCGAUAGAAAGCGCAAAGCCUGCCGGGAGGGAUGCGCGGCCGUCGGUAGGUUUGCCCAAAAUGGCAGCCCUGGAGGAGGAAUUCACGUUGUCUACGGUACCCUUGGGUGCCGGGCCUAACGGACUCCUAGGUGUGGAGCAGAGCGACAAAACCGACCAGUUUCUAGUGACGCACGGCGGCAGGACCGUCAUCCUCUAUAAGGUUUCUGAUCAGAAACCCUUGGGGAGCUGGUCAGUGAAACAAGGCCAAAUUAUAACGUGUCCAGCUGUGUGCAACUUUCAAACUGGAGAGUUUAUUGUUGUACAUGACAAUAAGGUUUUGAGAAUAUGGAAUACUGAAGAUGUAAACCUGGAUAAAGUAUUUAAAGCCACAUUGUCAGCUGAGAUCUAUAGGAUACAUUCAAUACAAGGGACAGAACCCUUAGUGCUAUUCAAGGAAGGUGCUGUUCGUGGUUUAGAGGCCUUGCUUGCGGAGCCCCAGCAGAAAAUUGAAACUGUUCUCUCUGAUGACGAAGUGAUUAAGUGGACAAAGGUUUUCAUGGUAUUUAGGCAUCCUGUCUUAAUCUUUAUUACUGAAAAACAUGGAAAUCACUUUGCUUACAUACAAACAUUUAGCUCUCGCACCUUAAGCAAAUACACACUCUUCCAUGGACAAGAAGAAAAAUCUGUCAUACAGAAUUUUACUGCAUCUGUGGAUCGGAAAUUCAUCUCUCUGAUGUCAUUAAGCUCUGAUGGGUGUGUAUAUGAAACCUUGAUACCAAUACAUCCGAGGGACCCAGACGAAAAUCAGAGGGUAGUCAGAUCGCUAUUGCUCAAGACCGUGGUGGCCGGUAAUGCUCGAAGUGGUGUUGCACUCACCGUCCUGGAUCAGGAUCACGUAGCAGUCCUAGGACCGCCGCUGCCAGCUUCCAAGGAAAGCCUUUCCAUAUGGAACACGAAAUUUCAAACACUACAGACUUCCAGAGAGUUACCACAGGGGACCAGCGGUCAACUCUGGUAUUUUGGGGAAAAUUUAUUUAUGCUACAUGGAAAAUUUCUUACUGUGAUUCCAUACAAGUGUGAAGUAUCUUCAUUAGCAGGUGCUCUUGGAAAACUCAAGCAUAGUCAAGAUCCAGGUACUCACACUGUGCCUCAUUUUGUAAACUGGGAAACAUCUCGAGGAUAUGGAUUUGGAUCCCAGAACUCAGAGCAGUCGAAGAGAAUUUUAAGGAGAAGGAAAAUUGAAGUGAAUGUGCCACCUCCAGCAUUCGAACAGCUUUUAUCAACAAUAAAGAAAGAUUCAGAAAAAGACAUUGAAGUAGAACUGUGUAAAUUUUUGGCUGUGAAGCGGACACCUGACUUUCAUACUAUUGUUGGGGACAUAGUAUUAGAACUUCUGGGACGACAUACAACAGAGCCAUCAUUUUACCCCCGGAACUCUCUGAUGCAACUUAUCCAGACACACGUGCUUUCUUACAGCUUGUGCCCCGGCCUGAUGGAGGCGGCCUUGGAAAAGACAGAUGUGCAGAUGUUACAGCUGUGUCUACAGCAGUUCCCCGACAUUCCUGAAUCGAUCACCUGCGCUUGCUUAAAAAUUUUCUUGAGCGUUAGUGAUGACAGUCUUCAAGAAACAGAAAUCAAUAUGGAAUCAGUUUCUGACUGUAGUGAUCCUGUGCAAGAGAAAAUGGACGAGCAAACGGAAAUUCUUCAAAACGGUUUCAAUGCUGACGAACAAAACUGUGAUAGCUGUGAUCGGAAGUUAAACCAAAAGCCUCAGGACGCAGCCGAGGAGACCACCUCGUGCCCUGUGGUACCGAAGAGAGCGGCACUGCUAAAUGCAAUUCUUCAUUCAGCUUAUAGCGAAAUGUUUCUUCUGCCGCACUUGAAAGACAUCCCAGCACAACAUGUCACUCUAUUUCUCCAGUAUUUGUAUUUCCUUUAUCUGAAGUGUAGUGAAAAUGCUACUAUGACUCUUCCUGGACUGCACCCUCCAACCUUGAACCAAAUUAUGGAUUGGCUAUGCCUCCUUCUGGAUGCUAACUUUACCGUUGUGGUAAUGAUACCAGAAGCAAAAAGACUACUGUUAAGUCUUUAUAAGUUUGUGAAAUCCCAGAUAUGCAUUUGCUCCGAGCUCAACAAGAUUGAAGUAAGUUUUCGUGAGCUGCAAAAACUAAAUCAAGAAAAGAAUAAUAGGGAAUUAUAUUCAAUCGAAGUACUGGAACUCUUCUGAUACUACCGAUUCUCCUUCAUAGAUGUUUUAUGAAGCUCUUUUAUGUGAAUUCUUCCUGCUCAUCCAGGCAAGAGAUGUGUUUUGUUUGUAACUGUCUCCGUGACCAGAGAAAUGAGUCCUCUAGUAUCUGGACCAUCACUGUUGCAUUCUUCUGGGUUGGAACAUAGGUUUCAUGUGAACCUAUUUUAGUUUAUGGACAUUGGUGGGGAGAGGUUCUGAAACUUUUUUUAAGUAUGUAACUGAGCUGAUUUUAAGUAAACUUAUUUGUGUAUUGAUAAAAAUCUAAUUUCUUACCAUGUGUUUUGGUUAGUUCUUCUUUUAGUAAAAAAAAAAAAAAAGUAAAUAAAUAAUAAUAAUCGUAAAAAUCACCACUGAAACAGUGAUUCUAAGAAGAAUGUAGUUUUAUCAGAGUCCGAAGCUGGCCUAGCUCAUCCGUGCUUGUGGGGGACCGAAGAAGUCGGUCCCAUAAGCAGGUGCAGAAAGGUCUGUACAGGCAUGUGCCUGUCUUCUGCCAUUUUCUCCUGUCCUUUAUCGACUUCUGCUUACCUUCUUUAUAUGCCUAGGGGUUGAACAGUACCUCCCUCUAUUUAUUGUCCCUCAGAUCAUCUUCGUGAUGAGUAGGUAAUUUAGGUUUUUAUAUUACUAAAUAGUAGAAAAGUCUGUUCUGAAAAUAGCUUUAUAGGUUAGUUGACCAUAGAAUUUCCCAUUUUAACUCUUUGGAUUUAGGACAGAUGAGGGGUUUUAUGUAGAUGAAAUGGAUGCUUUUGUUUCUUGGAGAUAAACUCAGGAUUUAUCUUUGUUAAAAAUGAAAUCAUUCGGGGCGCCUGGGCGGCUCAGUCGGUUG